GAAGCUACUGAAGUUCAGUACUGCUUCAGCUCAGUAAAUGGAUCCUGUCCAAAAGAAGACCGAUCUCUAACCGUUAGAGCACUGAUGUACAUUCUUUUUACUGGUGGAACAAUAAUUACACUAUGUGGAAACCUGAUGGUAAUUAUUUCAAUCUCACAUUUCAAGCAGCUCCACACACCUACCAACUUCCUUGUUCUCUCCUUAGCUGUGGCUGAUUUUGUUGUAGGAUUUAUAGUGAUGCCAUACAGUAUGAUAAGGUCUGUUGAGACGUGUUGGUAUUUUGGGGAUGCAUUUUGCCUUUUCCAUUCAUGUUGUGAUAUGUCAUUGACCACAGUCUCGGUUUUUCAUCUGAUUUUUAUUGCUGUUGAUCGUUACUGUGCUAUAUGUGACCCACUGCUCUACUCUGUUAAGAUAACAAAUGCUGUUGCAGGAUUGUUUAUUGUGAUCAGUUGGAUUAUACCCACUGUUUAUUCAUAUGGUACAAUUUAUUCAAAAGUAGGAAUUUUACAGACUUAUGUUUCUUCUAAACUGUGUCUGGGGAAGUGUGUGGUUAUAUUUGACUCCAUGUGGGGUACACUGCAGUUUUUUAUUUCAUUUUUCUUACCAUGUUCUGUAAUGAUGGGAAUAUAUGCAAAAAUAUUUCUUGUUGCCAGAAAACAUGCAAAAAUAAUUUGUUCUAUACAAAAUAAUCAUCCUUCUACAAAAUCUGAAAAAUAUUCCAAAAAGAAAGAAAGAAAAGCUGCUAAGGUAUUAACAAUAGUAAUGGUUGUAUUCAUCUUUUGCUGGUUUCCUGUAUAUUUAGAUAUUAUUAUUGACCCUUAUAUUAAUUUUUCUACUCCGCCUGCAUUAUAUGAUUCUCUGGUGUGGCUGGGGUAUUUUAAUUCAACAUUUAAUCCACUGAUUUAUGCAUUCUUUUAUCCAUGGUUUCAACGAUCCAUAACUAUUAUUGCAUCCUGCAAGAUAUUUAACUUACACUCAUCAAACAUGAAUGUUUUUCCAGCCUUUAAUUAA